GCUGAAAUGAGAGGGUAGGCAAGGGCUACGUGUCAGGUCAGACUUUUCCAGCAUCUGCACGGGAUGGCUGAAAUGAGAGGGUAGGCAAGGGCUAAGUCUCAGGUCAGCCAUCUUAUGCGGAAAGGAGGCGUACUGGGAUUGGAUCGAGUGCUGGAAAAGCGGAGGUCGGCAGAGUAGAAACAAAAAUCCGUGCUUUUCGCGCCAUCAGCAGAAUCUCGAAAAUCUCUUCCGAAGGCUCGGCGGUCGCCACAGCCGCCAGCCGCCUGCCGCCUGCCGCCUGUUGUUUGCCGCCUUCUGCUUACCAACACUGAAAUCCUGAUGGCGUCUGCGAUCGCGAUAUGAUGACCCGUGUCGGGUGUGUUUGGUGGCGGCUGUGACGCCACGUGGCAGGCGUCGACAUAGCCGCUUGGUCAACACAACGUGCAAAUAGUUGAGGGCUGAGGGCGUCUUCUACAGAGCUGAACCUUGACAAGGGAGAUAAUUCCUUGCCUCCUUUUCCUGUUUUCAUUCUGGGGAAAGGGUUUGCUGAGCACAAACUGGUGCGUUUCGGUAUUGAGCAAUCAUCAUGGAGACUGCUUUACGUUUCGAGUCCAGCACGAAGCGGUUUGGGCUCGUUGCCAAACAACGAUUCCCAAGUGAAGGCAACUUCAAUGUGACUUGUACAGGGUUUUUGAAUGCCAAAGACGGAAGCGCCCAUGGCACGUUUGUUCUUGGAAAGAAGUACUACCUAGACGGAUUAACAAAGGUUGAUGUCGGGGCAAGAUAUCAUACCGAAUUGGGGGAGGUUCUGUACACCGUUGGUGGGAAGAAGAAGAUGAACAUUACGGACAAUGGGUUGCUAAGCCUCGAUGUGAAGGGAAGGGUUACUUACGGCUCGAAAACCAAAGAGCCUGACUACAAGGCUAGCGUGGAGCUCAGUCAGAAGGUGUUUAAUGUCACUGAGGGUCAAGACUUAGAGAUUCUCUUGGGCUACGAAGCUGUAAAUCGACGCCCGUAUGCACGACUAAGGGAGAACAACUGGACUUUUAACACCGAUUUCCAUGCAUGGACAGUGAUGUAUGAUCUCUGAAGAUGCUUUUCUUCAAUUCCCAACGUCAAGAUUGAUCGAAUUGCAUCGACAGCUGAGUUUGAAACCUGAAUUGGGAUUAUUGAAAUGAUUGGUGUGUAUGCUCCUCAUCUCGGUGCUUUGCCCAAUGCUGCCUGAUAAAAGAUGCACCCCGUAAACGUUGACAAUCACUUCUCCGUCCAUCAUCGGCUUUUUUGACUGCGAAGGCGUUGAGCAGCCAGGCAAAGAAUUCCAUUCCCGUAUUUGUUCUUCUGCAGCAGUGGUUGGUGUCGGUAUAGUCUAUGUUUCUCUCCCUUGCUGAUGUUGUCGUUCCACUCCGCUUUUGCCAGAGGUUUGACUUUCCCUGGGUCUUUGUGUGCUACUCGUAAUAUUCCAGUGGAAAGGCAGAGGACACUAUUUCGAGGGUUUCGUAUAUCGUCCUUCUCUCCAGCCAACAGGAUCACAAAUGGCAGGUUCCUGGAGAUGGUACGGUCUAUGGAGAUGGUUGUUUCUGGGAUUUGGAGGGGAUUGUGCGUCAGCACUCCUGGUGAGUGGUACCCUCUUAGGGCCAUGCCCAGAACUGACCACUCCACGGCACUCUCAGGAAGGAGCGCUUGGAAAUUGAUUGUGGUUCUACUGUUGAUACCACUUCUCUACUUUGUUUUUCAAUCUGUUUGGCCUGACAGAGGUCACAUGGCACACGUAAGCGUCAGGAAGGAGGAUUGCUCUGGUUACGGACUGCACCAGCAUCCUCCUCUGCAUGGGUAACAGUAUCAACGGUAACGAUACCAAAUGAUAACAGUAACGAAUGGUAAAAGAUUGAUAACAGUAACGAAUGGUAAAACAAGGAUAACAGUAACGAAUGGUAAAAGGAGGAGUGGUAGUAGUACCAACGGUAAAAGUGCCAUUGGUAACAGUAUGGAUUGUGCCGAUGGACACGGCGUUGCCUUGGUCUGUGGCUGAUAUGUUUGUGGCCAAUAUGUUAUAAAGCACUUCAACAGCAUGAAGAUGUUUGCAAGGGAUAAUCUGAUGGAAGGCUGAAGGCAUCCACCCUUUGAUGUCACACAGAUUUGUCGGCUGGAUGAGAUGGAUCAGAUUGAUUGGCUCAGCUGGUGGGUGUUUCAUCAACCUGUGGUUUUCUGGCGCAAUGCAAUGUCGUUCAUCUGAAUGGCAUAAGCAAGUGCUCUGAACUUGUCAAGAGCUGCAGCCGUGGGUUUCAUUUGCUGCCUGCAAGGUCACAGUCUCCAAAACUUGAGGCCAGAGAGGCCGAAGUCUCUCCAGUAACCCCCUUUUCUUAUCUUGUUUGUGUGUUGUAUCCCGAGUUAUUCCAUUGGUUUGUUCAGCAGAAUAAUGGCAUAGUACUACAAUCACCUUUGUAGGUGGUGGCAAUUUUGCAGAAGAUGCUGGUGAUGUCCGUCAGCAAUACCGGGUGAGCAAUGAUUUGCCCUUUGAGAUACCGUGUGUGAGGGGGGUAAACUAGCUUUCCAUUCACUGAAAGGUCGGUGUGCUUACUUUUAGGAUGAACAAAGGGCAAGGGGAGGCAAGGGAGGGGCAGCGGUGAGAAGGGGUGCAGGGCUUGAUUGGUCACAGUGGGAGGCACAUUAUGAGUGAGAUAUUGCGCUUAUGACAUUGGAGUGACUGUUCGAUUGAUUGAUUGGUUGAUUGGUUGAGUUGAUUGGUUGGUUGGUUGGUUGGUUGAUUGGUUGAUGUUGUUCAUACAGUGUUUUGUAAUGGUUUGAAACAAUAGAACUUCUGGGGCAGCCAUUUUAUGUGCUCUGGACCAUGA